CACGGUAAGCCUCGUGGCGUAACAAUUAAGUUUUUCGUUUUCUGCUUGGUGAAGAAUGAAUAGCGAACGAUAAAUGGACUUUAAGGGAAGCUGCUUUAUUAUUUUGAAAGUAAAGUACGUGUUGUGUAUAAGUGGAUGUAAAAAAUGGUCAUUUAACACUUCGACUGCCACGUUGGUCAUAUAUGACCAGCCAUGGUUUCUCCUGUGACGUCAUGGUGUUCAUUGGUAUAAGAAUACGACUGUGGUGUAUCAGUUGAGGAGAAAUACUUAUUGAAAAGAUUCUUUCUUCAGAUGUAAGGAUGAGGAUUUAUGCUGGCGGAACGACAAAUGACUGAAACGAACGAGCAGAUUGUUUCGCGUGUCAUGGACAUUACGUGCAAAGGUUCUACGAAGCAGCUGCAUUCGAAAGAUUCUAAAGACAAAGAUGACAUUUCAUGGGGCACGCUGACUGAAAAUGCUGUGUACGCUGUCACGCGAACGAUCAACAAGUUUCCUAUUGAAGUGGAAUUAAAAGAAUAUCGAUUUAUAAUCAGAGGCGUUGGUCAUCAAACAACAAUUUCGCAUAUGUUUCGACACUCAUACGUGAAACAUUACGAUGCGGUUAUAAAAUAUUACGAAAUGGGUACAAAAGUGCAGUUGGGACCAGAACAGGAAUCGUACGGAUUUAUUCACGCAUGCACAUGACACGACAGGAGUGAGGGACCUGUUGCGACCGGCUUGCGGUCGAAUUGCAAAAAGAUUGAAUCUGCCACGUAAUAUGCUGCAGCGCUCAGUAACAUUGUAUAAACCGACGUAAUUUAACCGCUUUCGUUGGUCGAAAUUAAAAUUGGAUUGUUCGUAUUUUGUCCUGGUGUCUACGAAUCUACAAUAUUUCCGUUAUAUCAUGAAUCAUAACUUAUGGUCUUUCAUUUUCGGGAAUAAAAAUAGGAAUUGAUAUAUUUCCUUACUUUAAAUACAGACAUAGUGAAGUUUGCAAUUAUCAUGAUUAUAUUGGUCAAGUUUGUAUAACAUUUUGUGUAAUAUAUUUAUAAAAAUUACCUGUACUGAAUAUUCGAAUGAUUUCCUAGAGUCGCUGUAUGUUGACAUAAUUUUCAUUUGUAUAAUGAGUCAUAGUCAAAAUUGUAUACAGUAUACAAAAGUAUGUUUCACGUAAUAAAAGACUCUGACAUGAUAUGGGUAGACAUAUGUUGUAAAUGUAUCUAUAUUUACUGCGUAGUAACAUCAAAA